GUUAUGAAAACAUUUCAAAAGAAAAUCUGUGUUAAUUUUCGUUUUUUUGAAUAUGGCAGCAUUAUUUUCUCGUAACGGUUGUUCCACAUCCAGUGAAAAUGAUGAUUGGGAUGAUACCGAAUUAAUAAAAGCAUACGACAUAGCAAUAAGUAGUUCGAAGCAAAAAAUAAAAGAACGUUUAAACGCACAAAGUGAAAACAAAAGUGAAAAACAAUCUUUGAAAACGAUUCCAGCUAGAGUUGGAGCACCAUGUAGAGCUAUAUACGAUGCAGACAACAUCGAAUAUGAAGCGACUAUUAUAAAUAUUGAAAACGAACAUGAAGUUACUGUACAAUAUAUAGGCUACGGUAAUACACAAAAAGUGCCUAUAAAAAGAUUACGACCUUCACAUGGAUCACAAGCGCGUAUCGACCAAGAACAGGCGGCAAACGAAUUACAGAAUAUGGAUACGGAGGUUGGUGAUAGCAUACCACCUAAACGAACAUCAGAGGGCCCUAGAAAUCCGUCAGCGAAUAAAAUGUCACGUUUAUCUGCGCCACCGCCACUGAUUGAAAUGAAUAUGUUUGGUGAAAUGUCAUUUCCUCCACCUCCUCCAUUUCCACCUAGUUUUGCGAAAAAUAUGAAAUCCGAAGAACAUGAAGCCUUAAAUUCUAUGCUUAUGUCAUGGUAUAUGAGUGGUUAUUAUACGGGUUAUUAUCAGGGACUCAAGGAAUCUAAGAAAUAAAUACAUUUAGGGCUGCCAUCUCUCAAGAUUUGGUCGAUUGUAUUAUGGAUUCGGUGGUGUAAUUUCAUGAAUUUCACUCUUUAUCGACUUUUACUUGUUUAUCUCCCAAUUUCCCGGAACUUUGGAGUGGCAUCCCUAAAUUAAUUUUUA